CCAAUCGCAUUGACAAGCAUAGCUCAUUCUUGUCCCAUUUUCCCUCCAAAACAAGCCAUGGAGGAGCAGCUUCUCGCCCUCGGGAAGAAGGGAGACGACGAGAGCCCGGUGCUGAGCGAGGUGAGGAAGCAGCUGCGCCUUGCCGGGCCUCUGGUCGUGGGCUGCCUCCUGCAGAACGUCGUCCAGAUGAUCUCCGUCAUGUUCGUGGGCCACCUCGGCGAGCUCGCGCUCUCCGCCGCCUCCAUGGCCACCUCCUUCGCCAACGUCACCGGCUUCAGCUUGCUGGCCGGCAUGGCGUGCAGCCUGGACACGCUGUGCGGGCAGGCGUACGGCGCCGGCCAGCACCGCAUGCUGGGCGUGUACAAGCAGCGGGCGAUGCUGGUGCUGUCCCUGGCAAGCGUGCCCGUGGCGGCGCUCUGGGCGUACACGGGCCGGAUCCUGCUCCUGCUCGGGCAGGACCCGGAGAUCGCGGCGGGCGCCGGCAGCUACAUCCGGUGGAUGAUCCCGGCGCUGCUGGCGUACGGCCCGCUGCAGUGCCACGUCCGGUUCCUGCAGACGCAGAACGUGGUGGUGCCCGUGAUGCUCAGCUCCGGCGCCACCGCGCUGAACCACCCGCUGGUGUGCUGGGCACUGGUGCACGGGCUCCGCAUGGGGAGCAAGGGCGCCGCCCUCGCCAACGCCGUCUCCUUCCUCACCAACCUCUCCAUCCUCGCGCUCUACGUCCGGCUCUCGCCGUCCUGCUCGAGGACCUGGACCGGCUUCUCCCGCGACGCCUUCCGCGGCCUCACCGGGUUCCUCAAGCUCGCCGUGCCGUCCGCCCUCAUGGUCUGCAUGGAGUGGUGGUCGUUCGAGCUGCUGGUGCUGCUCUCGGGUCUGCUCCCCAACCCCAAGCUGGAGACGGCGGUCCUGUCCAUCUGCCUGAACACCAACUCCCUGGCGUUCAUGGCGCCGCUCGGGCUCGGCGGUGCCAUAAGCACGCGCGUGUCGAACGAGCUCGGGGCGGGGCGGCCGGCGGCGGCGCGUCUGGCGGCGCGCGUGGUGAUGCUGCUCGCGGUCGCGGUGGGCGCGUCGGAGGGGCUGGUGAUGCUGCUGGUGCGCAGCGUGUGGGGGUACGCCUACAGCAACGAGGCGGAGGUGGCCGCCUACGUCGCCCGGAUGAUGCCCAUCCUCGCCAUGUCCGUCGUCUUCGACGGCCUCCAGUGCGUCCUCUCAGGCGUUGUAAGGGGCUGCGGGCAGCAGAAGAUGGCCGCAUUCGGCAACCUCGGGGCGUAUUACCUCGUCGGCAUCCCCGCGGCCUUCUUCUUCGCCUUCGUCUGCCACCUUGGAGGAAUGGGGCUCUGGUUCGGCAUAUGGUGCGGACUGGUGGUGCAGAUGCUCUCGCUUCUCGCCAUCUCCGAGUGCGCGACCGACUGGGAGAAAGAGGCGGUGAAGGCAAAGGGCAGAGUCUUCACUUCUUCGCUGCCUCAAGAUAUGACAGCAACGUGAUAGAUUACGGUAGAGUUACAGUGUGCACGCACGCUGUGUGCUCGUGAGAAGAGAAGCUCUGCAAAGUCUAAAAAGAGCUGGAUGGCAUUUUGACGCCAAACGAAAUCUAUCGAGAGAGAAAAAAACAUGCAUUAAGAAUUGGAUGUAAUGUAACAUGACAGGAUACUGCACUGCAGCAAAUUAUCGACUCGCUACAAAUCGACUGCGUUGGGGCUACCUUGGGCAGGAAUGAAUGAUCGAUGCUUCCAUGAUGAAUGUAGUUGCUUCACCUGCUCUGUUUUGACAACAUUUUCGCUGCAACUCUAUAAUUUUACAGGCA